UAACUUGCUGUAUAUAUCUUUGAAAACCUUCUAUACAAAUCACUUUUUGUUUUUGAGCUUGUCAUUUUUUCGGCAUCUGAUUUUAACCUCUGUUGAGUUUUGAGGAUGUUUAGCUCGACCAGCUGUUUGUCUUCAUUUGCUUAUGCCCUGAUGCUGUGGGCUUUGUUGCCACCUCCACUGGUCCUGGCCUGCCAAGGAGAUGAAUUACCGCGUGACAUGGUGCUUGGCUGGCUGAAAAGACGGAUCCUUGAAGGUUUGGGAAUGGAUGAGCCUCCUCUGCCAGUGCUGCAGCUACCAACACAGCAAGCAGUGGACAAAGUUGUGCAUCAUGUAGCUUCACGAAUGACUAGGGAGACAAGAGUGGAAAGAAGACACCAUCAGGAGUCCUCACAGGUUAUUCUGUUCCCAAGCUCAGAGUCUACAUGUAAGGACAUGCCCGAUAACUCCUCUGAGGCUGCAUCCAGUCACUUUACUUACUACUUUCAGCCCUCUCUGGACAGCCAGGACUCCAUCAUCACUUCUGCCCACUUCUGGUUCUAUGCUGGAGAGGCCAUUGUUUCUAGCAACAUAUCGGCACCUCUUUUUAUCCUCAACCCUUACCAGGAGCUGCUCCAAGCAUCUGUAAGUCCAGUCAAACGCUGCACCGAUGGCUGGACCACCUAUAAGUUAGAUCUCCAUCUCCACAUUACCAUGGCUGUUGGCCCUUUCAUGCUGCAGGUCCGUUGCCCAUCCUGCAGUUGCUAUGAUUCAGAAGAUAAAACACCCUUUCUGCACCUCCACACCCGUUCAAGUGGUCCCGACCGCUCACGCAGGGCGCCCAAAAUCCCUUGGUCACCGUCUGCUAUCGAAAAGCUCAUGAGACCUGCUUCUGAUGACACAGAUUGCAAAAGAGAACAGAUAGAAAUCUCCUUCGAGGACCUCGGCUGGGACAACUGGAUUGUUCAUCCUAAAGCCUUCACUUUCUACUACUGCCAUGGCAACUGCUCCAGUGCUGAGCGCACUACUACCCUACUUGGGAUCAAGCAGUGCUGCGCUCCUGCUCCAGAGAGCAUGAAGUCACUCCGUUUCACCACCACCUCAGACGGGGGAUAUUCAUUCAAGUAUGAGACCCUGCCUAACAUCAUACCAGAAGCGUGCAACUGCAUCUAACGCUCUGCUGUGGCUUAGAUUUAAGAUUAUCUGUAAAGUGUGGGAAUGUUGUUUUUUUUCCAAACACAAAUCAGCUAUUUUAAAUGAAUGAUCAAAGCAAAUAAUGUGUGCAUUAAAAUAGUGU